AUGUUGCUCUCUCUCUCUUUCUCUCUCUAUCACUAUCUAUCUAUCUAUCUAUCUAUCUAUCUAUCUAUCUAUCUAUCUCUUUCUCUCUUGGCUUACGGCCAUAUCACUUAUUAUUUUGGAUUUUCAGUGACCCAUUCUGGCCUUUUUCCAUCUUGUUUGCUUUCUCAGAUUUUCUUGUUCUUUGACUUUUUAGUCCAUUCCGGAAAUAUUGUUUGUUUUUCUUUUCUUUCUUUUUUUUUUUGCUAUCCUCUCAUUCUUUUUACUUUUCUUUUCUUUUCUUUUCUUUUCUUUCUUCUCCUACUCUUAUUACUUAUUCUACACCUUCUACUAAAUUUUGAAGUUAAUCCUGAUCUUUACCACUUUUCUCUUCUUUCUUUCUUUCUUUCACGUUCUUCUUCUUCUAACCUUUUAUUUUCUUCCUCUUUCUUCAUUUUCUUUCCUUUAACUUUUUCUUCUUUUCUUUUUUCAUCUUCUUUUACCCCUUUCUAUCCUAUUCUACUUUUUCUUCGCUGCUUCUCCCCUGUAUCUAUUCUUCUCGUCCUUUCUUCUUCUUCUUCUUCUUCUUCUUCUUCUUCUUCUUCUUCUUCUUCUUCUAUUAUUACUACUACUACUACAAAUACGUUUAAUCAUUUUCGUCCUUUCCUUCGACAAUAUUUCUUCGUCUAUUCUUAUUUUCCACCUAAUCUCCGCUACUUGUCUUCAUUCUUUCUCUCCUAUCCUUUCUUUCUUCUUUCUUUAUUUCCUUCCUUCCUUCUCUCCCCUCUUCUCCUUCCUCAUCCUUCAUUUUGUCUAUAUAGCAGAAAUUUCCAAACAACCUUUCGUUUUGAAAGGUGA